CAGCUCCACCAACAUCAUCAGCCUGGCAGUCAGCUGGAGAAGGUGUCAGCCACGUGAAGGGAGUGUGAGGUAUCUUUGUCCAAUAUUUUCCCAUUAAUACAGAAAUCUAUUAAGUGCCACGAAGCAGGAAGGAACAUUUAGGUACAAGGAUCCCAUCAAAUUGAGGGAAAGACACAAUUCCUCUGAGAAAGAGUAGUAUCCUCACCACCAUCAGCAAGACAAGGAAUGCUGUUGCAAACCUCAUAAAGACGUCCAGUUGUUGGUAAAGGAUUCAAGAUGGGUAAGAAGAAGGCUGGAAAUCCUGGUCUGGGGAGGAGCCUCAUGAAGGACAAGCAAUCAAAGAAGAACAGGCCAGGGACUUCAUUGCUCCACACGUCAGAGAUUAACGAUGGACAAGACUGGAACCGCAUCAACUUCCAGUCCAUCACUGAGCAGACUCACGUUGAUGAAUUCUUGGCUACGGCAGAGCUGGCCGGGACGGAGUUUCAGGCCGAGAAGUUAAACAUCAAAUUUGUGCGCAUGGCCACUCAAGUUGGGAUGCCGACGGAGGAGGAGAAGAAGAAGAUCCACGCUGCUCAGGAGGCCAACAAGGAGAUGCUGAGUAUCCCCCGCAGGCCGCCCUGGAACGUAACCACCACCCCGGAGGAGCUGGCGGAGGCGGAGCGCAGCAGCUUCCUCUCGUGGCGCAGGAACUUGGCUAAGCUGCAGGAGGUGGACGGCAUCACCAUGACCCCCUAUGAGAGGAACCUGGAGUUUUGGAGGCAGUUGUGGAGGGUCAUAGAGAGAAGUGAUGUAGUCGUCCAAAUCGUGGAUGCUCGCAACCCUUUCCUAUUCCGCUGUGAAGACCUGGAAGCCUACGUCAAGGAGGUGGACCCCAACAAGGAGAACCUGCUGCUGGUAAACAAGUCGGACUUCUUGACGGAGGCUCAGAGGGAGAUGUGGGCCGAGUACUUCAGGCAGCAAGGCAUCCAGGCGGUAUUUUUCUCAGCUCUAAGUGGCCAGGAACUUGACGAUAUUAGGGAAGAAGAGGAACAGGCCAGAAAUGCCGAGACCAGGGCAAGCACAGAGGACCAGGACAGAACGAGGCUGGACAGCGAGACGAGUGAGGGCGAGGAAACGCAGAUGUCGAAUAUCGAAGCGUGUCGGCAGGACCUGGAAACCCUCACUGUGAGCCUAAACAAGCAGAAUGAGAGUGUAUCCUCCCCUCUGACUCCACCCACAGAAACCACACCAGCAGAACACACCAGCUCCUCUGUGGCUAACCCCUCCGAGAGUCCAAGUAAAUUUGUGACCUCUAGUAACCUUCUAAGCCGCAGCGAGUUGAUUGAAGUCUUCCGCACGAUCUACACGAAGAGGCGCCUCCUGGGCAAGGCCGUCACCAUGGGGUUGGUCGGCUACCCUAACGUGGGCAAGAGCUCCACCAUCAACUGUCUCAUGCAGGGGAAGAAGGUGUCGGUGUCGGCCACUCCGGGGAAAACUAAGCACUUCCAGACGCUGUUCCUGACGGAGGACAUUAUGCUGUGCGACUGCCCCGGCCUCGUAUUCCCGGCCUUCGUCACCACCAAGCAGGAAAUGAUCAUCUCGGGCAUCCUACCCAUUGACCAGAUGCGAGACGAGGUUCCGCCCAUCAACCUAGUGUCCAGCAGGAUCCCUCGAGAUGUCUUUGAGGGCACCUACGGCAUCACCCUUCCCCAGCCCAUGGAGGGAGAGGAUCCCAACCGCCCCCCCACCUCUGAGGAACUCCUGAACGCCUAUGGAUUCAUGCGUGGCUUCAUGACCCAACGAGGCCUCCCGGACAACCCUCGCUCCGCCCGCUACAUCCUCAAGGACUUCGUGAACGGCAAGCUGCUGUACGCCCAUGCCCCGCCCUCCGUGCCCCAGGGGGAGUACCACAUACACACCAUCUUCAAGAUGAAGAAAAAUGCCAAACAGACAGUGCUUACUCCACAGCAGAUUGCAACCCAGCCGUUCAAGGUGCGGCCGGAGACAGUUGACAGGAAGUUCUUCGGAGCAGCGUCACCACAGUACCACAUCAAAGGCAUCAACACUGGAGCAUACAAACAAACCAGCAAUGGUCCCGUGCCUGGUACAAAACAACCCAGACAGAAGAAUUUCAAGAAGAGGGAGAAGCUGAGGCGGAGAUUUGCACACCUGGACGAAUGAUAGCCAAAGAAAACGCUGACAUAUAAUCGUUUGGGGCUUUAUUAUGACAAUAGUGAAGGUAUAUUAUUUACAAA